AUGGCGCCCAAAUCCACCAAGGGCAAGGGAGUGGCCAAGGACGCUGGAGCGGCGGAGCCACCGGAGAGCGUGCUGGCGGUGCAGAGGACGCAGCUCACCUACUUCCCUUCGACGGUCGACGUGUUCGAGCCCCGGGAGGCCUUCAAACCCCUUCCAAACCCUAGCCCCGCUCCUCUGCGCCACCGGGCGAAAUCGCCGCUGCCGGACGUGUCCGCCGGACACGUCGCUCCCCCAAUCAGCGCCCGCCACGUCAGCUCCGCCGCCGCCCACAGCCAACCGGCAGCCGCCACCUGUCGCCGCCGCCUCCCACCACCGCGGGCCCGCCAGGCCCAGAUCCGGCCCGCCCGGGCCGGUCGCUCCGCCGCCCGCCCGCAGGCGCCCGAGCGCCCGACCGCCGCCGCACGUCGAGCUCCGGCCACCGGAGCCUCGCCGGAGCCCGACCCCGCCGCCACGAUCCUCACCGUCGCCAGCCCUUGGAGCGCCGCCGGCGCCCGGAUCAGGAGGAUCCCGAGCGCCUCCGCCGCCCGUCUGCGCCUCCCCAUGCGGCGCCCGCCGGCCGCCGCGACCCCGCCGCGCCCUCCAGCCUCGCCGUCGUCGCCCAGCGCGCCCGAGCUUCCCCGAGCUUUUUUCCGGCCGCCGCGCGCCCCAUCUCCGGCGAGCCCCGGCCUCCCGCGCGCCCGAACCCUAGAUCUGGAACGAGGUUGA